GCCAGCAGUCUCCUCUCUCCCUCACCAGAAAUGAAGGAGAAUUCCCUGCAUUUUGUCUUCCUCUAACCAAAGCAAAGCUCCGGUUUUCAUGCACAUGCAAAAACAAGGUCCUUUGUAGCAUCAUCGAGAAGACAAAAGAGGGAGAAAAAAGAAAAGAGAACGUCUCAACCAUCCAUCCAACAUGUCAAACCUCACUGGAGAGGGUGGAAGCUUCUCUUCUGGCAAUACUGGGGAAGAAGUUCAACAAUAUCAACAGCAGCAGCAGCAGCUACAAAAUCCAUUCCAUGGAUCGAAUUCCACUCCAUCUACUACCACUAAUAGCAAUGGUUCGACUUCGCAGCAACAACCUGUCAAGAAGAAGAGGAAUCUCCCCGGAAAUGCAGAUCCUAGUGCCGAAGUCAUCGCUCUUUCGCCGACGACUCUCAUGGCCACGAACCGUUUCGUGUGCGAGAUCUGCAACAAGGGAUUCCAAAGGGACCAAAACCUUCAGUUGCACCGUCGAGGCCAUAACCUUCCAUGGAAGCUCAGGCAAAGGACAAGUACUGAGGUUAGGAAGAGGGUGUACAUAUGCCCCGAGACGACAUGUGUGCACCACAACCCAAGCCGGGCCCUUGGUGACCUGACUGGAAUCAAGAAGCACUUCUGCCGCAAACAUGGCGAGAAGAAGUGGAAAUGCGACAAGUGCUCGAAGAAAUACGCAGUGCAGUCCGACUGGAAGGCACAUUCGAAGACCUGCGGCACAAGGGAGUACAAGUGUGAUUGUGGGACUAUCUUCUCCAGGAGAGAUAGUUUUAUCACCCACAGAGCAUUCUGUGAUGCAUUAGCUGAAGAAAAUAACAAAGUAAAUCAAGGAUUAAUGGCUACGAUUGGAGGGAAUUUACAGGGUCCAGUCUCUGAUUUAAUAUCAUCCAUGCCCAUAAACAACACAUCCAGUCCGUCCAUGGGUAUAUCUGAUUUCAAUCACGACACCAAGAACCCGCUCAAAUCACUCUCCCACGACCUCAUGCCCAUGCAGUUGAAGUCCUUGAACAUGGCAAGUGGCAUGUUCUCAAGCAGCUCUGGCACCCUCUUCGGCCCUAGAAGUAUCUCCUCCGGCUCAGCCUGCCUCCAGCUCAGCGGCAGCAGCUCACCGAGCUUCGACGGCCUUGGCGACAGCAAGGGGGGCCGACAGAUGGCCGGAACAGCCCAUAUGUCAGCCACUGCAUUGUUACAGAAAGCAGCCCAGAUGGGUGCAACUGCAAAUAGCAACAUCAAUCCUCCGAUGAUGCAACGUGGCUUUGUGGCGGGCAUGGCAGGGCCUGAUCAGCUCUCCAGCAUGCGAUCAUACAGUGCAAUGCAGCAGCAACAGCAGACUUCAUACGAUCACAUGCAUUCACCGGCAGCGGACCCGGCUCAUCUGGUUGGAAUCGACAGCGGGGGCUUCGCUAGCCAGUUUUUGCAGAAGAGCACCCAAGACAUAUCAUCGCAGUUCUUUGACACGUCGCCAGGCGAGAACUCGGCGAUGAACGACAUGGGCAUGUUCUCACAGGGCCUGUUCAUGGCUGGUGGUGGUGGUGAUCAGAACCAUCAUGGGUUCAUGAAGAAUCUGGAGAAUGAGAGCAGUAGUAGUACUAGUCUGCUGCAUGGGAGGAGCGUGAACUCCAUGAUAGGUGGUCGGGAUGUCGCCACAUCAAGGUUUGGAGGUGGUCCUGGUGGUGGGGGGAGUGGGGACAUGAUGACUGUGGAUUUCUUGGGUCUUGGAGGAUCAAGAUCAGUGAACUUGCAUGAGCAGCAGCAGCAAGGGAUGGAGUUUGAAGCAGUUGGUCAGCAGAGGUUGCAAAGCCUACAUCAGUUUCAACAACAGCAGCAUCAGCAGCAGCUCUCUCAUGGGCAGGCUGCUGCAUUGGAGAAGCAUAUGUGGGAUGUUUGAGGAAAUUCAGCUUUCUCUCUCUCUCUCUCUCUCUCUCUCUCUCUCUCUCUCUCUCUCUCAACAUUGAGGAAUUAUAAGGUCCUGAUCCUCAGGGACUGUAUUGUACAGUUUGGUGAGGGUUCAAAUUCCAUAUAUGUGUAACCAUUUUGCAGAGAUCCAGACCGUUGAUCUGAUAAGUCCCACCAUGGAUGGGGGUGCUAUGGUUUUCACCUUUCAGAGAAGAAGAAAAAAUGCAAAGAUUGAUUAUUGGUGAGGAUUGUACAAUCUUGGACUUUUGUUGGGCAGCUUCCACAUCCAUCAUGGGUUCCUUUUAAAUGAAUGGUUUGAAUCACUUGAUAGAAUGGGCCCCACAGUAUGGAACUGGGAGCAUCAUCAAACCGUACAUAUCCUGAGGCUCAGGACCCUGCCAUUCCUCUUUUGCACUGAUAAUAUAGGCCGCAGAGUGUCUUGCUAAAGAGUGAGACACUGAAGAGGUCGGCUCUGUUUGGUUAGGAAUCUCAUGUCCAAUCACGUGGUGGUUUUAUUGUAAAACAGUCAAAAAAAGAGGACCGUUUUGUGAGAAAUUGCUGAGGAUGAUGGCAUUUUAGUCAACGAGGUAUUUACCAA